GUUCUGCCUUACCUUCCGCAAGACUUUCAUCGUCUUCGAGAUGUCGGGUGCCGCUCGGCAAUUUGGGAAGGAGCGCGAUGCUUUUGACAAACUGCCUCUAGUUCUUCUUACAAAGCCACGCCUGUUCCAGCACACAAUCCACUGCCUUGCCAGCGAUAUAGAUUCGUCUUUGUAUCUGUUCACUCAAUCAUUCAUUAGCUUGCCCUACGACCCAUCUCGACAAUGGCGAGCGCAGAUAUUGUACAAUACUACGAUUAUCUCCAGCUACCCAUCAAUGCGACCCUCGAAGAACUCGACACGAGAUACCUAGACCUUAUUCUAGACUUGACUUCGAAGCAUGCCUUGGUGUACGCGACUGAAGAGGAGGUACAAGAACAGCUACAAUAUCUCGACGAAGCAUAUGCCGCUCUCCUACCAAUCGUCCCUUUGGGUGAAGACGAUAUCGAACUCGUCAAAGAGCCUUUGACGAUGAAAGAGGUUCAGACAGCUCGAGAUCGCAUGGAGAUACCGCGGACGACCAUCGCCGACCAUUGGCACCCACCACUACCAGAAAUUUCGCCCUCACCAACCCCGUCUUCGUCAGACUCAGACUACGAAACUGAUGAGACUGUCACCGAACCCGGAUUUGAAGUCGAAGAAACCGAAGGGAACAUCUUUGAAGUCCCAGAUCGUGCGGUGAUUGUUCACUCAGUGAAUUGUCAAGGUGUCUGGGGAAUCGGAGUUGCGGCAGCACUCAAAAAGGCAUUUCCCCAAGCAUACAGCAUCUAUCGGGCACACUGCAAGCGAGCGGAAAAGCCUCUUGAUUUGAUAGGGACAUGUCUCUUGAUACCUCCUCAAAGGCAGGACUAUGCACACAAGAAAGAGAAGAUCAAAGACGGCGAUGGUCCUAAGGCGAGCUUUCCGCCCGAAAGUAUUGUUUUCGACAAGCGACGCUGGAUUGCUUGCCUGUUCACAAGUAUUGGAUAUGGGAAAUUGAACAUGGCGACAAACAAUCCUGGAAAAGGUUCAAGAGAGGGCAUACUGAUCAACACGAGAUAUGCUCUGGAGGAGCUCCGAACUCAACUUGAAAUUUUUGGGCCAUCCAAUUUCGACGAGCGAACGAGCUGGAGAACAGACGAUGACAAGCCUGGAGAGAUUUGGAGCGUGAAAUUCAACAGUGGAGCAUUUGGUGUGCCUUGGGAGGAGACUCGGGAGAUUCUGGAGCAGGAGUUUGCAGGGUUUGAGCGACCGUGGACAGUGGUAGAGAAGACCAUACAAGCAGAUGCUCAACCUGAAAAGGUCGGGAAGGGCGGAAGCCUUGAGUCAAGUGAAGGUUCUGCUCAUGUGAGACUGCGCUUGACUCUCGGUAAAAAGAGCACGUCUGCCUAA